AACUAUAUAUGAUUCUUUGCUUUGAGUCUUCAAAGUUCAAUCACAUGCUUUGAUAUACAUCAUAAUUAAUGUUAGAAUCUUUGCAACUUGAAACCUUUUUAUACAUGAUGCAAGUUUAGCUUUGAGGUUUUCUUAGAUACUCUUACUUGUUUUAGAGGUGUUGAGUUCUGAUGUUGGUUUAAGGUAGAACAAAAAUUGCAGGAUUUCAGAGGUUUUUCUGAAAAAUGGAGGUGUUAGGAGUAAAGGGUUUUGUCCUCUUGUUUUUCUGUUUGUGGAUUCCAAAUGAAGUUGUGGCUAUCAUUGGAAACUCUACUGUUUCUUCUAGACCAACUGUUGUGAAAAUUGGAGCACUGUUUACUGUUGAUUCUGUGAUUGGAAGAUCAGCUCAACAAGGAAUCAAAACUGCAAUUGAUGAUGUUAAUGCUAAUAAGACUAUUCUUCCUGGUAUUAAAAUGGAUGUUAUUUUUCAUGAUACAAAUUGCAGUGGAUUUAUUGGAACAGUUGAAGCUUUGCAGUUGAUGGAGAAUGAAGUGAUUGCCACAAUUGGUCCACAGUCCUCAGGAAUAGCUCAUAUCAUCGCUCAUGUAGCUAAUGAACUCCAUGUACCUCUUCUUUCAUUUGGGGCAACAGACCCUACCCUAUCUUCUCUGCAAUUUCCGUAUUUUGUCCGAACCACGCACAGCGACUAUUUUCAGAUGUAUGCAAUUGCAGACAUUGUUGAUUUUUGUAGAUGGAGGCAAGUAAUUGCCAUUUAUGUAGAUGAUGAUUAUGGAAGAAACGGAAUUUCAAUACUUGGAGAUGCGCUAGCAAAGAAACGCGGCAAGAUAUCUUACAAAGCUGCAUUAUCUCCUGGAGCCACCAAGAAUGAUAUCAGUAUCUUGCUAAAUAGUGUGAACUUAAUGGAAUCAAGAGUCUUUGUUGUUCAUGUUAAUCCCGAUUAUGGUUUAAAUGUUUUUUCUAUUGCCAAGAAUCUUGGAAUGAUGACUAGUGGUUAUGUGUGGAUUGCAACAGAUUGGCUUCCUUCAAAGUUGGAUUCAAUGGAUCCAGUUGAUACUAACACAUUGAAACUCCUUCAAGGUGUUGUAGCUUUGAGGCAUCACACUCCUGAUACAAAUCUCAAAAAGAGUUUUUUCUCCAGGUUGAAGAACGUAAACGGCACGGCAACUACAAGCUUCAAUUCUUAUGCUUUAUAUGCAUAUGAUUCUGUUUGGUUAGCAGCUUAUGCUCUUGAUGCUUUUCUCAAAGAAGGUGGAAACAUAUCUUUCUCAUCUGACCCUAAGCUGAUUGACACAAAAGGAAGCAUGUUGCAUUUGUCUUCGCUUCGCGUUUUCAAUGGUGGUCCAGACUUUCUCCCUACACUUUUGAGAGUGAACUUCACCGGUUUGAGUGGUCAGAUUCAGUUCAAUGGAGACAAGAAUCUAAUUCGUCCAUCAUAUGAUAUCCUUAACAUCGGUGAAUCUGGUUUCCGGAGAGUCGGUUAUUGGUCUAAUUACUCCGGUCUAUCAGUUUUAGCUCCUGAAAUUUUGUACAAGAGACCACCUAACAGUUCAAUAAGCAACCAAAAACUGUUCAAUGUUCUGUGGCCCGGAGAAACUAUAGCAACACCAAGAGGAUGGGUUUUCCCAAACAAUGGAAAGCCUUUGAGAAUAGCAGUGCCUUACAGAAUAAGCUACCUUGAGUUUCUUUCUAAGGACAAGAAUCCACCAGGAGUUAGAGGCUAUUGCAUUGAUGUCUUUGAAGCAGCCAUAAACUUGUUGCCUUAUCCUGUUCCGCGACAAUAUAUAUUAUUCGGAGAUGGUAAAAGAAAUCCCGACUACAGCCAGCUUGUCAAUCAGGUUGCACUAAAGAACUUUGAUGCAGCUGUUGGAGAUGUUACAAUUGUCCCAAACCGAACAAGGAUUUUGGAUUUCACUCAACCUUUCAUGGAAUCAGGGCUGGUAGUUGUUGUUCCUGUCAAGGAGAUCAAAUCAAGCCCUUGGGCUUUCCUCAAACCAUUCACUGCUCAAAUGUGGUGUGUUACCGGAGCCUUUUUCCUUUUUGUCGGAGCUGUUGUAUGGAUUCUUGAGCACAGGCACAAUCCAGAGUUCCGAGGUCCACCCAAGAAGCAAAUUAUGACAAUCUUUUGGUUUACUUUCUCAACAAUGUUUUUCUCACACAGAGAAAACACCGUGAGUGGUCUUGGGAGAUUUGUGCUAAUCAUAUGGCUUUUUGUAGUAUUAAUUAUCAAUUCAAGCUACACAGCAAGCUUAACAUCCAUCCUCACAGUGCAGCAACUAUCCUCACAAAUUGAAGGAAUUGACAGCUUGAUAUCAGGUAAUCAACCAAUUGGAAUUCAAGACGGGUCAUUUGCAAGAAGGUAUCUGAUAGAUGAACUCAAUAUACAGCCAUCUAGGAUAGUUUCAUUGAGAGAUCCAAAGGUAUAUGAGGACGCCCUUACGCGUGGACCGAAUGGAGGAGGGGUUAUGGCUAUUGUUGAUGAGCUUCCUUAUAUUGAACUCUUUAUGUCUAGUGCCAACUGCAAGUUCAGAACCGUUGGAAAUGUGUUCACUAAAAGUGGUUGGGGAUUUGGAUUCCAGAGGGACUCUCCCCUUGCUAUUGAUAUGUCAACUGCAAUUCUACAACUCUCAGAAAACGGUGACCUGCAAAAGAUCCACGACAAAUGGCUUUCAAGACAGAGCUGUGGUGCAAAAGUUGACGACACUGAUUCAAAUGAACUCUCUCUUAAAAGCUUCUGGGGUCUCUUUCUUAUAUGUGGCAUUGCAUGUCUCAUUGCUUUGAUUACAUUCUUUGUUAGAGUGUUCUGUCAAUACAUGAAAUUCAUCCCAGAGAGUGAGAUGGAAAGUGACCAGGAAAAUCCGUCACCCAGGCCAAGAAAAACUUUUCGAUCUUCAAGAAGCUUCAAAGACUUGAUUGUAUUUGUGGAUAAGAGAGAAAGAGAAAUCAAGGAUAUACUUAGGCAGAAGAGUAAGAAAAGGCGACGUGACCAGAGCUUAGAUGAUCAAUUUAAUUCACCUACCUAAGUAAAUAACAAUAUAUAUGUAUAUUUUUGUCCUUGUUUCUUUUAUUUUUGAUAUUUUGGCUUAUACUAUAGUAACAGUAUUGACACAAAUUUGUCUAUGCUGAAAUAUUUAGAUUCCAUCCUUCUUGGUUAGGAAAUUAUUGUUGCAAGAUUAAUAUUAACACAGUAUAGAAAAAAAGGCAAGCAAUCUUGGUUUAUAUUUCAAGCCAACAUACACAAGGUUUAGGAAAUUAUACUUUCAUAUAUAUAAGUUUUGAGUUCAAGUGCUCAACUCUGUGCUGUGAGCUA